AUGACUCGAAAACGCGCCCAGUUUUCCCCGAGGGUGAUCAGCCAAAUGGUCAUACUUGCAAUAUGCCGUUUCGCUGAACCAGUAGCAAUGACCUCCGUCAGUCCAUACCUUUACUACAUGAUCGCUCACUUUGGGGUCCCACAAGAGGAGAUUGCCAAUUUGAUGGCCAUCGCUGCAAGGUGUUUUUCCGGACUAGUGAAUGGGAACGUGGGUAUUGUACGGACUAUGAUUGCAGAAAUGGUUCCUGAAAAAGAGUUACAACCCCGUGCAUUUUCCCUGAUGCCUCUUAUAUGGACUACCGGGUCGAUAGUUGGCCCUGUACUUGGCGGAUUUUUAGCAGAUCCUAUCACGAAUCAUCCCAGUUGGUUUAGUGGAAAGCCUCCUGCCUUCUUUAAAAAGUUUCCAUUUUCCCUUCCAAACAUCGUCGCUUCGAUGUUUUUCGUGAUCGGUUUGACAACAGGCAUUCUUUUUCUAGAUGAAACUCUUGACACCAUGAGAGAUAAGCCCGAUGUAGGUCGCAGAUUUGGGGGUAAGAUCAUCAAGUACUUCAGGUCAAGGUCCCAUAAUCAUAAAGAUAUCGCGGAUGAAACCACAUCUCUGCUUCAAAGUGAGAGCUCGUCCGUAUUAAAUGAAGAGAUUACUACCACACAAAGACAACAAGCCUCAAAGCCUCAAAGUGCUCCUCCUAUACGUGAUGCCUUCACAUUCCAGUCCUCCAUCAACCUGCUUGUUUACUGCCUCUUGGCUUUGCAUUCAAUCACCUUUGAUCAAAUGCUCCCUGUACUUAUGGCCUACCCGCCUGAAGACCCAGAAAAUAGGUUUCUGCCCUUCAAAUUCGCUGGUGGCUUUGGUAUGAGUUCUUCGCAAGUUGGAUUCUUCUUCUCGAUAUACGGGGUGAUCGGUAUGGUGAUGCAGAUCUUUAUAUUCCCCCCGAUCACGAAUAAACUAGGAGCACUCCGCUGCCUAAUAAUUAGCUCUUUUGCGUUCCCGGUUAUCUACCUCCUCACUCCCUUUGCUGUGAUUCUUCCCGAGAAGUUACAACAACCAGCGAUAUUUGCAUUAUUGAUGGUCAAGAGCAUGGCGGGAAUAUUUGCAUUCCCUUGCAGCACAAUAUUAUUAACAAACUCGUCUCCAACUUUGCGUCUUCUCGGAACACUCAACGGAAUUGCCGUGACCUUAGCUGCUAUGGGAAGGGCUGUUGGUCCAGCUGUUGGGGGACUUACUUUCAGCUUGGGCCAAAGGAUUGGCUACCUCAUCCUUCCGUGGUGGGUACUUUCAUUAGUAACAUUUGUUGGGGCGCUACCUGUUCUUCUUUUGGUUGAAGAUGAAAGUUUCGCUGGUGAUAAAAAGAAGGCAGCGGCUGUGGAGGAGGGUGAGAGGGAGGAGGGGGAAGGGGAAACGGAGGGACCGGUCUUGAAGUGA